AAUUCUUCUCUCGUAUGUAAAUGAGAGCUCAGAUGGAGCGCGCCCAUUGGCUGUGCACCCGAUUCCAUUUCCUCUUUCAGAGCUGACGUCAGAGCAGCUAUAAAACUCAGCAAUGCUUUUAUACUUGUCUGCUGGGCGAUCCUUUAAAAACUACAACGAGCCCGCAUUUCUCUUUUUUUCCAGCAAAGCAACAAUUUACCAGUCACAUGCACGUUAACCUCCUCAGUUUUACGCAAUUGUAGAAAGAAAAAAAAAGAGAGAGAGAAAAAAAACGAAGCCAUGAAGUGUUAAAUAUUUCAAAUUCAGUCGCACCGACAUUCGCCCGCAGAGAGACAGAGGAACAGGAGAAACGCGCGCGCUGCUCUCACGCGUCCUCCGUGAGAGGCGAAAAAAACACACCAUAGGCAAUAAUUUAUAAAAUAAAUCCUCGCCGCAAAGUCGACAGUCUUUUUUUCACGGUUCUGAAGAAUUAAAUAAAGAAAUCACGCUGGCUCACGCCGUCUCGAACCCGACUAGUUUGACAGCUGCUCUUCACCCCCUUUGGAGGACUGUCAACAGCAAAAGGAUGGCAUCAGAACUGGCAAUGAGCAACUCCGACCUGCCCACCAGUCCCCUGGCCAUGGAAUAUGUUAAUGACUUCGAUCUGAUGAAGUUUGAAGUGAAAAAGGAGCCGGUGGAGCCCGACCGCAGCAUCAGCCAGUGCAGCCGCCCAGUCGCCGGCGGAUCCGUAUCUUCCACCCCGAUGAGCACGCCUUGCAGCUCGGUUCCUCCUUCGCCAAGCUUCUCGGCGCCCAGUCCGGGCUCGGGGAGCGAGCAGAAGGCGCACCUGGAGGACUUCUACUGGAUGAGCGGCUACCAACAGCAGCUGAACCCGGAGGCGCUGGGCUUCAGCCCAGAGGAUGCGGUGGAGGCACUGAUCAGCAGCGGCCACCAGCUCCCCAGCUUCGACGGCUACACCCGGGGGCAGCAGUUCGGCGGCGCGGCGGGCGCAGGAGGCACCGUGGCCGGGGAGGAGAUGGGCUCAGCGGCCGCCGUGGUCUCGGCCGUGAUCGCGGCGGCGGCAGCGCAGAACGGCAAUCCGCACCAUCACCACCAUCACCAUCACCACCACCACCUCGCCACGGCGCACCACGGAGCGCCCGGAGCGCCCGCCAACGGCACUGCACCAGGGAGCCACCAGCACACGCGCCUCGACGAUCGCUUCUCCGACGAGCAGCUCGUCACCAUGUCCGUGCGGGAGCUCAACCGACAGCUGCGCGGCGUCAGCAAGGAAGAAGUGAUCCGGCUGAAGCAGAAGCGGCGGACGCUGAAGAACCGCGGCUACGCGCAGUCCUGCCGCUUCAAGCGCGUGCAGCAGCGCCACGUGCUCGAGGGCGAGAAGACGCAGCUCAUCCAGCAAGUGGAGCACCUCAAGCAGGAGAUCUCCAGGCUGAUGCGGGAGAGGGACGCGUACAAGGAGAAAUACGAGAAGCUCAUCGGCAACGGCUUCCGAGAAAACGGCUCGAGCAGCGACAACAACCCUUCUUCUCCGGAGUUUUUCAUGUCGUCAAGAAAAUUUCUGCACCUGUGAUAUGAAGUGUGAGUCCUAAUCUUCACCCCUGCAGUCUGAGGUCCCACAACACUGGAAUGCUUCUAGCUCAGACUGACCCAUGGCACCAAGACUGCCCCAAAGCACAACAGUCAACCUGCAAAGAAAGGCAAAGAACAGGGAGAAAAGGAGGAAAGUGGAGAGGAAAAAAAAGAGAUCUGGUGCCAUUCUUCAGUCUUUGCCACCUUCUCUUCUUCUGCUGAAUUUUCUUUCUUCUUGAGUUGGUUGUCAGCAAAUGAAGACCAGCUUUUACAGGGAAAAAUGCUUUCGAAAACAUUCACAAAACUAAAAGGACAAGAAAAAAAGGAGUUCGAGAGGAACGUUCCACCUGAAAUUUCUUAAGACUGCAAGACUCUUCCCUUCAGCCAGCACUGGCGCUCCUGUUGUCCUCAAAGAUGCUGCUUCAUUGUAAUUAGCAUUAACAUAGAAUUUUGUAAACGUUCACUGUAGACUGGAUCUGGAGUCUUCGGGCAGAUGGGGGUCAGAAAUUAGAAUAAUAUCCAGAAACAUAUGCUAAUUAGAACAGCACUCGAUGUAUAUUAUGUACAGCAUAUCUAUACAGACCAGUUCUUUUCAGUGGUUGCGUAUGUAAAUAGACAGCAUACAUAAUGCUUCCUCUACAUCGUCUCUGCACCUUUAGUACAACAUUUACUCGUUCACGUUGAUUUGUACAGAUGGAUGGGCAAUAAUGACAAUUUUGAAAUCCUGAUAUUUUAGAUGAAUUUUUUUUGUGUUGAGUGCGCUAUGAGAAUCCACUUUAAUACAUUUUAUUUUCCACCACCCAUAGCUAGGAAACUUGGUGUUCGUUGUGGAUUACAGAACAGUGUACAGUGUUCUAGCGGUAGCUCUAAUCACCUUACAGAAGAAAGAUGAGAAACCCAUGUGGCCUGGGACUUACAAAAGAGAAACAGUACAAAUCACUCACUCUCUCUCUCUCUCUGCUUCCAUCUGUCGGUCUAGCAGACUGAAUUCUUGCUCUCUGAUAACUGCCUGCCUACUAUGAAAUUCCCUUUCCUCUUUUUUUGCUCUUUAUUAUCUCAGCCCUCCUCAUGCAUGGUGAUGAAGCAAUCAGUUGCAGUGAUGGUUGAGCAGGUAAGCCAUGCUGGGCUGAGGGAUUAUAGCGUGGUGGAGGUCGUGCGGUCACAGUGCCUGGGGGCCGCCGGAUCGCUCCUGCACCAGUCUCUCACUGAGCUCCCACAGGCUGAGGGCACUGGAAUGGUCCUGGGCCUGCGCUGACGGCACACAGCGGAAACAGUUGUUGAAGUACAUCCCACCCAGGCCUUCCAGCUCAGGAGCCACUGCACAGUACACCGUAGUGGCUGCACCCUGUUGCUGCAAAAAAAACCCAACACACACACACAAAAAAACGAAAAAACAGAAAUCAUGAUGUCAAAACAUAAACAGAGCAUGAGCAAGGACAUUUUCAAAGGGUGAUAUAAAAGAGACAUUGGUUUGAUCAUGUACAAUUCCUACAGAAGCUUCUAGAGUGAUUAACGGCAAAGACGAAGAUUCGAGGCCUGUCAAAAAGAUCCUGAGGGAAGUUCGUUUAGACAGGCGGCAAGCCACAGCCUCAGUAACCAGACUGACAACGGAAGGAUAAAGAGGCUGUGAGUGUGUACAUACAGACUUUCUAACUCCACUGUACACAGGAUCAAUGGCGUAAAGACACUGCAUGCUGUCAUGUAAAAAUGACUGACACAUUCAUAGUCCUGAAACUGAGCCAAUGCAAGUUUUUUUUUAAAGACAGAGUGGAUAUAAAUGAUGAUGGAAUGCGAUUGUCAUGUACUGACAAAACACUGCACGCUGCGUCUUUUCUUAUGUACCGUAUUUCAGGGAGGAAAUGCUGGAAUUAAGGGAAAUUUGGCUGGCUUUAUAAUCUCUUUGCAGAAGAAACAUGAAACUCGGUAUAUGUGUAUGUACUAUACAUAGGAGGCUUCGCUCUUUGGUUAUCGCCUUGAACAAAGAACACAUGCAGGCUACAAAAACUGUCCGUUCAUCUGAUGUCAAAAGAAUUUCACCACAUUCAAAUGAAAACUGCUUCUCACUGCUGUAAACACACACACACACACACACACACACACACACACACACACACAGACUCAACUACAGCUAGAGGAACAGAGUGAAGUCCUUUUGCUAGGAGUAGUUUCAUGGCCAUGUUACUAAGGUCAAAUAAUAUCUGUGUGUGUGUGUGUGUUGCCUUUCUUAUUACCGCUGCUUGCUUUCAGUCAGUCAUUUCGAUUAGCAUGAUGUGUUAGGAUUGCUCCAUUGUAACAUUUAUACCAAAAAAAACAACCAGCUUGUCCGGUAGUCCGUCUCCGACAGAGGCACAGCUUUUCUUCCACAUGACUUAGUACCAUAGGUUUGGCCUUUUUUUUUUUUUUUUUUUUUGGAGGUGACGGAAAGAUGGAGGAGGAGAAGAAAAACAUGUCAGAUAGAAUUAGAGCACAGUCGUGUUUCAUGCCCCUCCUCGUGGUAGAAAGCUGCCGCUGGUGCUUCACAUGAAACUCUGCAGGAGACUUGAAAUGGGCCUGUUCUUUAUCUUCCAAUAGCACCGGUGUUGUGCGCCUCUCAAAAGCCAAGACCAAUGUUUAGGAGCAAUCGGCUGGCAGGCAUUGAGAGAAACUUGUACUCCUGGCUCCCGGCACACACACACACACACACACACACACAUACUCACACAGUCACACAGCACAAAGACUCAGCCUUGUUUAAGCAGACGAAUCCACAGCUGUAGCCCAAGCUGGUGAAGUCUGUAACAGCAUGCUGGUUAGGCGCGCGCACGCACACACACACACACACACACACACACACACACACACACACAUUAUGGGAAGAAAGCCAAGGCUGUAGCCAGAAAUUCUGAGAGGAAUUUUAUUUCCCUCCUCUUGAGCUAAAUGCCUGUGUGUGUAUGUGUGUGUGUGUGUGUGUGUCUGUGUGUGUGUGUGUGUGUGUGUGUGUGUGUGUACCUGAAUGCCUUUUGAAGUACGCAGAUGUCGCACAUUCCUUUGGUUAGCGAGUCAAUAAACAUGACAUCAAAAGGAUGCAUCUUUCUGAGUCUUACCUGCUUUUGGAAUGAUAAGUUAAUACACAUUUGAAGGCGGAAAUAUAAAAGGAUAUAAAAUGUCACUCAAUCUUUCCAGUCCAUGCAGCCACGCUGUUCAAUAUGCAGACUCGGACCAGACGGUAUUUACUCAUCGGGUAAUUACAUUUCUAGGGUGAUAUGCCGAAAGCUCUAAAACUCUUUCAACUUAAGUUUUUAAACGUAGACAAAAAAAAAGGAAAGGAAGAAAGCGCUGUAGAGUUGAAAGUUAGUAAACUUGGCAUCAUUUUGGAGCAAUUCAUUUAAACUGAAACGAAAAAAAAAGGAGACGAAAAGACAGAGCACACAAAAUGCAGUUAAAAACAACUAAACUAGGUUGGGGGGGGGGGUGAAACAUCUGACACCCUUGUCAUCUUGCCUAGCUGUCUUUAUUACACCUGUACGUGUAGCCAACUCCAGCUUCAUACUCCAUACGGCCAAAUAUUUACACAUCAUGUAGACAAGGCCACUUCAUCAAUCUCUUUACUGCAUGUGCAACCACCCUGGAAAUCUUGUUUUUGGAUUAAGCAAAGAGGGUGCAGGUAAUAAGAGUCCAUCAUCCUGUUCCACAAGGCCAUUUGUCAGCCUGUAGUGCGCAGGCACAGAGAGGUUAGAGGAAGUUAAUAAAUUACCUUUCUCACCCUCACCCUCUCCUCCUUACCCCACCUAUCUCCUCUGUGGUAAGGGGACUGGCAGUGACUUCCUGUAUCCAAGCCUGAGUUAGUGGCUCUACAUUUCUGCAACAAACGAAAAAAUCUUCACUACUAACUCUCAAAAAUAAAGGUUCUUCAAUGGUUCUUUACAGCACCAUAGGUUCUGCAAAGAACCUUCUUCUCAUCAUGAGCCUUUUUUCAUUGUAUAGGAUUCUUGAGUUGAGCUAUAUGGUUCUUUGGAGAAGUUCUUUAUGUUUCAUUAUUGGUUCUUCAGAGCAGUGUAUUGGUUCUUCAAGCUAUCAUCCCUUCACAGGUUAAAGUGAACCCUAAAAGGUUCUUUGUGGGACUGGAAAAGGUUCACACUUUGGUUCCUUUAAGCACUAACCAUACCACUAACUACAGCUAAAAACCCUUAGUCUUUCUGAGAACUUAUGAUAACAUGGUUCCUUGUGGCACUGCUGUGAAGAACCAUUUCUCGCUUCUUUAAAGCACCAGUAAAUAGAUGGUUCUCUAAAGAACUUAAAAGUAAAAGGUUCUUUAUGGAAACGGGUUCUCCUAUAGCAUCAACCCGAAGAACCCCUUUGGUUCUAAUUGAAAGCUUUAUUUUUAAGAGUGUAACUCCUAAACUCCUAACUAAAACUCAUGCCGAUGAGUAAAACGAUACAGAAACAACACAAUCCCUCGAACACUUGGAGGCUUAUUAUAUAUAAAGAUGGAACGGUUUAAAGUAUACAGAACAGUCUCUGGACCUGACUGAGCUCUUCGUGUGCCCUUGUUUUCACCUCUGCUUGAUUGCAACUAGUGCACAUACAGUACGCCAUUACAGUAGUGUGUAAUGUGUUCUGCAUUGAAGCGAGGUAAAGACUAGCAUGACUGAGAUUAUUCACUGCUAAUGGGGUUUCGGUGCUACAUCCAGUUCUGUGCUGCCAGACAAAGGCAUUGGAAUGAAGAGGAAGUUGUGCUAAAGUGCUUUAACCCUUCCUCAAAGCUGAACUUAACGAAGAAAAAUUGAAAAGCUGGACGGUUAAGUCCCAACAAAUGUAGAGUCACACUGCGGCUCUGGUGCAGCGCUACAGAACAGCUUACGUGACUUUAUUGCGGCGAUCUCUGGCUGAAUUACAGCUCCGUGCACAUGUCUACAGGCGACUACAGUGCUUUUAUGGAGCGCUGUACCUUGUUUACAUUUGCACUGUACUGUAUUCCUCUCAGAAGUCUCUCUACUAAAUGAAUUCUACCAUUGAUCCGCAAAGAGCCAGCAUCCGAACGCUCUCAGUUUUAGCAUUCGGAGGCGCGAAAGGUCUGUGAGAAACUCUGUGUGUGAGCGAGAAGGUGAAAUGACACUGUCAGGCAGAACAAGAGGGAUGCAAUCUUACUGCUGUUAUGCUCAACCCCUCACCACUUGACCUUGGUGACCCGUUUGGGGCGAUAAGCUUUAUGAGAUAUCGCAUUAACAUGCAAAACCACCCACCGCUGCCAUUUAUCACACGCUGCCCUGUUUAGCAAAGAGCAGGAGAGAGAGAAGGGAAAGACACAGAGAAGGGGAGAGAGAGGAGUAAAGAGCUUGGUGUAUAUUUGUGUAAAAGUGUACAUUUUCUUGUUUAUCUGUGUAUGCCCAUGACGGGCAUUUAAAAUCAUGAAUAGUGUUUAUUUUAUUUGGUUUUAUUAGGGUAGCACACAUUUUGCAGCAAUACUGAUAGCAAACCAAAGCAAAUGAAACUAAGAUCAGUUAUAAACAAGCUCAAAUCUAAGACAGAAACAUAUACAUUUAACAAGACAGACCUCGGUUUGAAAUUCACAUUUAAGCUUUAAGCUCUUGCAAUAAAGCUGUCUGCGGACUUUCCUGAGGAAUCCAUUCAAGUCUUCCAGUACUGUUUUUUUUAUUGAUUUUUUUUUUCCUUUGGGAUUCAAUCAAAAUCUCAUGCAAACUAUCCAAACGAGCAGCUUUAAUUUCGCAAUAAACAUUAAGUGUGUAUUUCUGGGGUUUUUUAUGUUUAGAAUUAGUUCUAAGUACUUUGGCAUUGUUAAUGUUUUUGUUUCGUUGUAAAUGCUUUAAGUACUUAAGAUUGAUCUGGCACGUCACCUCCAAGUCACUGAAUGCACAUACUGAACUAUCAGGCUGUAUGUACUGUACUAUAAUGUAAGUUUAAUAAUCGUCUCCAUGAUAUGCUGGGAGUCUUGUGCUGGGUGACGGUUUGUAGUUGAGACACACGUAGAUCCCUUUUGUAAACCCGUGUCCUCCCGAUAGGCCUCUAGUGCUAUGUGCCACAGACCCUUUACAGCAUUUUUCCUAUAUUUAUACUCCAACAUUUCGUAACCAGUGUAGAAUGAGUAUCUACGGUAUGUAGCAGCGCUGCUAAUGAACUCUUAUCUGUUAAUGACCGUAACGGGUCAACUGUUGUUUUCUCACGUGACAUAGACCCCCCCAGUCAUCUUCCAAAAAAUGUAAAGAUGUCCGCCAUCUCUGUAAAUAAGUGUAGAUACCAAACAGCUAUGCAUGCUGAUAUUCUAGCAAUUAUUUCAGGUACUUUUAUAAUCAAAGUCUCAUGUGGCAUGUGCUAAAAAAAACAAAAACAAAGAAAGAAUAAAAAAAAAAUAGAAACAAUUAUUAGCUCAUAAAAAAAAAAAAAAUGUGAAAAAUUGUGACAUUUUUAAGUACUGUAAGUGGUUGUUUCCUUUGCCUGUCAUCCCCAUUGUGUUUUUGUUUCUUGUAAAACUUGUCUUUACAUUUGUAAAGGUUAGGGUUGAGGCAAAUAGUCAGGACAAAAACGGAGAAGCAGUGAAGGACCACAUCUGAACUUUUUGAACUCGGUGCCAAGCAACAACAAGACAAUUGUAGGUAGAAAAAGAGGCUUAAAAUAAGCGAAUUCUUAUUAAUAUGGCAAUAUUUGUUGUGUUUCAUAAGUUUAUGAAAAACAUCUGCAAUGUGCAUUAAUAACACCAGAUGCAGAUAUGUUCCUUUAUUGCCCAAGUGCCAGAGCCAAAAUAAUGACCAGUGAGCUAUAAUUCUGUUUCCUUUAUUUUAUAAGGAGCACUUAAUAUUUUCAAUAAGGUUACUGAAACAUAUUUAUAGUAAACUUUUAAAGUUUACUUGCAACACACUGCACCACGCGGUCACAUGACGGUCGGCUUCAUACAAACCCAAAAGUGUUAUGAUUUGCCUCAGCCCUGUGUGUUGAAAUGUACAUUCUUAUUCAAAUGAAAUAUUCUAUGAAGGGGAAGAUGUAUCCUAUGGACGGAGACGGUUUUUUAGGAAUGUUUAUUUUUCAUUCAUGAUGAUCAUGAUAGUUGGAGGUGUCUGAUUUUUAAUCUGUGCUAAAGAUAUUUUAAAUUUAAUAAAUAAUCAUUGUAACAAGA